AUCUCCAUACUCUUAAAAAAAUAUAUUUUUUCAAUUUUACUUAUUGAAAUUCAAAUUUUUUUUUGUUUGGCUGUCAAGAAAAUUUUGAUGAUGGGAGUGCAAGAGACAGACCCAUUGGCUCAACUGAGGUUGCCACCAGGAUUUCGAUUUUAUCCAACUGAUGAAGAGCUAUUAGUGCAAUAUUUAUGCAGGAAAGUUGCAGGGCAUCAUUUUUCACUGCAAAUCAUUGGUGAAGUUGAUUUAUACAAAUUUGAUCCAUGGGUUUUACCAAGUAAAGCUAUAUUUGGUGAAAAAGAAUGGUAUUUUUUCAGUCCAAGAGACAGAAAGUAUCCUAAUGGAUCACGACCCAACAGAGUUGCUGGUUCAGGGUAUUGGAAAGCCACCGGAACUGACAAAGUUAUCACAACUGAAGGUCGGAAAGUUGGUAUCAAGAAAGCUCUGGUUUUUUACGUUGGAAAAGCACCCAAAGGGACUAAAACUAAUUGGAUUAUGCAUGAAUAUCGACUCCUUGAAAGUACCCGUAAGAAUGGUAGCUCCAAGUUGGAUGAAUGGGUUUUAUGUCGAAUAUAUAAAAAGAAUUCAAGUGCUCAAAAAUCAUUGUCAAGGGUUUCAAGCAAAGAGCAUAGCAAUAACGGCACAUCCUCCUCUUCUUCUUCCCAACUCGAUGACAUGCUUCAGUCAUUUCCCGAGUUAGAGGAUCGUUUCUUUGCUUUGCCACGUAUGAACUCAUUGAAAACGCCUCAAAAUGAUGAGAAAAUGGGGUUUCACAGUCUGGGUAAUGGAAAUUUAGAUUGGACGAGUAUUGCUGGACUUAACUCGGUGCCCGAGUUGGUAUCGACUGGGCAAACUCAAACUCAGAGUCAGGGGGUUCAAAGUUAUGGAAUUAAUGAGGUGUAUGUCCCUACAAUGCCGCCUACACUAUGCCAGAUGGACACGUCAACAAAUAAGGUUGGUAAGUCGGUGGAAGAGGAGGUGCAAAGUGGACUCAGAACUCAGCGAGUUGAUAACUCAGGAUAUUUGCAACAAAACUCAAGUGUGUCAACUCAGAACUUCUCUAAUUCGAUUGACCCGUAUGGGCUCCGAUACCCAACUCAGCCAGGAGGGUUUGGGUUUAGGCAAUAAAAAAUUAAAAAAUUGUAAAUAUUUGGAAUUCUUUGGGCUAAUCUUUUGGUGUUAUAGAUACCCAAAGAAAAUUUUUUUUUUUUUAAAAA